ACUGCCCGCCGCAGGUUAGAAUUCCAUGGGCGACGCGGUCCUCUUCUCCUCUCUUCCGACGUCUUCUUCUUCCCAAGCUCCCUUUCUCCUUCUUCGAAAUUCUCUCCCCUCUCCAUAAAGAAAAUCUCAGCAUCUCAUCUUGAGAUAAAUCUCGAUACUUCCCACAUAGAAAGGGUUUUGGAGUUCCAUGGAGACGAAGGUUGAGUCGGAGGUGCAGCGGGAGGGAGAGCGGAAUCCGAAGGAUUCCGACCCCCUCCUCCAGAAGAAGGACGACUCAUCGUCGGGGAGUUCGGACGAGAUAAAGGACGAGGAGAUCGAGGCUUCUUCCUCUGCGUGCUGCCGUAUCUGCCUCGAGCACGACACCGAGCCAGGUGAUGAGUUAAUAUCUCCAUGCAUGUGCAAAGGCACUCAACAAUUUGUUCACCGAACAUGCCUUGAUCAUUGGCGCUCAGUGAAGGAAGGGUUUGCCUUCUCUCAUUGCACAACAUGCAAGGCACAAUUCCAUCUUCGAGUAGAACUGUUCAAGGAUUACUCUUGGCGUAAAAUAAAAUUUCGCAUCUUUGUAGCCAGGGAUGUAUUUCUUGUAUUUCUUGCUGUGCAAAGCGUCGUUGCUACCAUUGGUGGAUUUGCAUAUCUCUUGGACAGAAAUGGGAGCUUCAGAAAUUCCUUCAAUGUUGGUUGGGACCGCAUACUAUCAAAGCAUCCAAUACCCUUCUAUUACUGCAUAGGUGUCUUGGUAUUCUUCGUGCUGCUGGGAUUUUUCGGGCUGAUACUGCAUUGCUCAUCCUUCAAUAGCAGCGAUCCCUUCAUGGCAGGAUGCCGCGACUGUUGCUAUGGUUGGGGCAUCCUGGACUGCUUCCCAGCUUCAAUGGAGGCUUGCUUUGCUCUGGUAGUCGUCUUUGUCAUUGUGUUUGUCAUCCUAGGCAUUGCCUAUAGCUUCCUCGCAGCGGCCAUUACCAUCCAGAGAAUCUGGCAGAGACAUUAUCACAUCCUUACCAAGAGGGAACUUACGAAGGAAUAUGUGAUAGAAGACCUCCGGGGGUGUUACACACCUCCGAAGCUGGAUCCUGAACAUGAAGAGCGCCUGAGAUUGCUCAAGCUUCUUUAGAGGUAAUUGUGUGGAUCAAGUCAGGAGUAUCACAGCACCUUUUUGAAGUUGUAAUCACCUGGGUAACCGUGAGUGCGGUGUGUGGUUUCUCUUUCCCUUUCCUUCAUCAUGAGGACUUGUAGUGGAAUCCUCCUUGAGGAUAUAUAUGUAUGAAUAUGAACAUGUCAUAUUUUGUCUCUUGAAGGCGUAAUGGAUGUGUGCAGGUUUUAUGUACAUUGUAUGCUAGCGUCUCAUCACAUCUGUGGACCGUAGAUCUGACAAACAUGUAUAAGAGGUUGAUGUAUCAAGUUGAGAACUUGCUCC